AGAGCAGCCACCAGGGGCGCCCUUCUGAGGGACGAGUGCAGGAAGCUCAGGGGCCUCUGAGGCAAAGCAGGAAGUGGAGUCGAAGGCCAAGGCGCGAGGAGCACCGAGCACCCGCCGCCCGUCCGCGCUCAGCCCGGGGCGCUGACUCUGAAGGGCUGGAAUCUCGGGCCUCUUCAAGGCGAAGCCCGCUGGCGAUGGGAAACGGGACACAGGAGGCCCCGUCGAGGCCGCCCGGGCCUUCUGCCCCCUCCACGGGCUCUGUCCAACCCCCGCGGGCCCUGCCCCAAGCCUUCGGGCAGCAACCGUCUCCCCGCUGCCUGGCGCUCUGGGUCUGGGCCUCGCCAGAGAGCAGAUAAGCCUAAGAACCAUGGAACCAAAAGACAAAGCAGCCGUUUCCUGCCGGCCCUCCACCUUGGAAUGCAACACGGGGAACAAGACUGGAGCAGCAGCACCUCCAAGGGAACCUAGGCUCAGAGGACGUGCAAAUCCCCCUAGCAGAGGCCACAGUUGUGGCACCAGGACCCAAGUCAGGGACCGCAGUGAGGCCCUGCUGGCUGUGGGUUCUGAGAAAAAAGGGCAUAAUGCACCAGGAAAGAGACGCCAGAUUCGGCUACCAAGAANGACUGUCCCCCGCAAACAGACCAAGAAGACCCCUGCCAAAGGAAGAGGUUGCGCUACAAGGGAGAACCCUGUGUCCCAGCCUGAAGACCUGCCUCCAGCAAGCCCCCAGGAGGAGAGCCCCCACGGGUCUCAAGUGUAUUGCUGGCCCUCAGCACUUUCACCUCUGCCUUGCAUGUCGGUGCCCCCACAGCAGCAGUUGGUGGGUCCCCCUUCCAUAGAGCUUCAUGGGGCUUAUGCUGUGUCCAACCCAUGCUCAAGUAUGAUUGUCCUGCCAUGCAUCUCCACCGAUCACCACCAUCCACUGGAGUCACAGGGCUCCAAUGCCUCUGACCAGGCCUUAGAGUGUCAGGAAACACUGGAGGCUGCUGAGGCCCUGAUGACUCUGAAGAACUCUUCUUGGACCUGGCACCAGACCCACGGGUAAACAGGUAGCUGGCUUCUUGAAAAGGAGCA